UUGACUGAAAUAUUCUCAGGAACAAGCAGAGGAAAAAAAAAAAGAAAUAACUUCUCUUGAUUUGUACAACGGGAUUUGACAGCCGAGUAAAUUGUUAAAGUUGUGCGAAGUGGAAGAUUUUGCAGCCAGAAACUCCAUUUACACCCAAAAAAAAUGCAAGUCGUGCGUCAGUGUUCAGUGUGCGCCCGCCACGCUGCCGGAGGAUUCCUGCGACACCGCGAUGUCUCUCUGCUGCAGAGCAGCAAGACGGUGCUGAGGCGCGGGGCGGCCUGCGUCCGGGAGCAAAGCAGCUGUGACGGUGUGCCAUUCAGCAGCAGGAAGUCUGGAGUCCAGACGUCAGAGGAGUGGACCAACUCUGCCCGAAUGAACGUCGCAUCCUUCAGUGUCGCCCACGGGCUUUGUGCUGUCCCUUUAACACAGCAGGGGGAAAACCUCUCUCACGACUCUCUGAUCAGAAGAGCAGCGUCUGUGGUCACAGACAGCACCUGCACUUUCCUGUCUCAGAACAGCCUGGCUCUCAUCGACGCUCUUACAGACUAUUCAAAGGCCGUUCACACACGUAUCGCGCUCCAAAGACGGUAUCUGACCUCACUGGGAAAACUGACAGCUGCAGAGACGAUCUCGCUGCAGCAGGCCAUCAACGGACUGCGCGCUGAGAUCAGUGACCGACUGGACGAAUGCAAGCGAUUUGAGUCGUCCUGGAUUAAUGCUGUCAACUUGUGUAAAAUGGCGGCAGAGGCGGCGUACACUUCAGGAGCGGAGCAAGCGUCCAUCACAGUGAGGACAAACAUUCAGGUGGCACAGUCGCAGGUGGAGGAGGCGCAGAGAACCGCGGCGGACGUAGAUAAGAAGCUCGCCGAGACUAAAGUAGAGGAGAUCCAGAGGAUGGCCGAAUACGCUUCGUUCGAGGAGCCGGAGGUGGAGGCUUAUCUACGAGAAGACUAACAGAAAUAUUUAUAGUGUAUGGAAGAGAGAAAAAAGGGAACAUGUCACUUGUUAUUUCAUGUUGUGUCAUGUUCUACUUCCGGUGUCCCUUCUGUCUUUGUAUGUAUGGAGUCAGUAAAAUUGUAUGUGUUUGUAUAAUUUUAAUGUUCUAAGGACAAAAAAAAUGAAAAGUUACAACUAAUUUAUCACUAUUGUAUGAAUCAGUAUUUAAGAGUAUUUAUUUGAAUUGUGAACGUAGAUGGUUUUUGUAGCUUUUGGAACGUGAUCGUAGUGUUUAUUUGUGUUGUAACACAGAUAAUCUUUUCAUAAGAAUUUUGUCAACUGUCUCUUGUUCACAAAGAAGUAAAUAAUAAAUGAAUAUUUCAUUGA